CAGAGUAAAUACAUUGGGCACAAGGACAACAGGGUGGUCUUCUGCUCUGAGCAAUUUAUUUAUCAGCAAGUACAAAAGACACUCUGGAACAUCACAGAAUACUCAGUGACGCAAUGGUCUAGUUAAUGAGUAACUCAGGGGUUCAGAGCUAUUCGUUUUUUUAAGACAGACAGCAAGUCCACUGCUGACCUCAGUUAGGCUACAGCAAUAGCAAGCCAUCACAAGAAAUAUUCAAAGGAAAUCUCUGGCCAAAAAGGCAGAACAUGCGUCAUAUAUUUUGCCCUCUCCUUCUGCUCUCCUGCCUCUCGGUAGGCCUAGCGAACCGUGUAUAUGUCCACCCAUUUAACCUCUUCGCCUCUGAGAACGUCAGCUGUGAGACCAUCAAAACCGAAGUGACCAAACCUUUGGAGACUGUCCCUUUGACCCCCCUUAACAAUGACAGUGUGGUGCCUGACACUCGAGACUUCUCAGGCACUGACAGACUGAAACAGAACGUCACUCAGCGCACUGCUGUACUGGCAGAGCUGCUCAACUCUCUGGGCCUCCGGAUGUACAAGGCUCUGAGCAGCAAGCAAAAGGACUCCAACACCUUGCUCUCGCCCAUGAACACCUAUGGCUCUCUGGUCACCUUGUACCUGGGGGCCUCCAAAAAAACAGCCAUCCCUUACCAGCAGCUGCUGGGCCUGAACAGGGACACGGACAGAGACGACUGUGUCUCCCUAGUGGACGGCCACAAUGUUCUUCGCACUCUGCAGGACAUCAAUUCCCUGGUGGAUGGACCCAAGGAUGAGAUCAACACUUGUGUGUGGGCCUUUGCUCGCAAGGGCGCUGACCUCUCGAAGGACUUUGUCCAAGGCACCCAGGACUUCUCUGAUGCCUCGUACAUCAGAGCAGUGGAUUUCUCCCAACCCCAGGAAGCUGAGACCCAGAUCAACAACUUCAUCCAGAAGACAUCAGACAGGAAAAUCACGAGCCUGUUCAAGGACCUUAGCUCAACCACAGAUCUAUUGUUUGUCAGCUCUGUCCAUUUCAAAGGCAACUGGAGGAAGGCGUUCCAGACAGAGAAAACUACCAUGCAGGAGUUCAAGGUUGAUGCAACAACAACUGUCAUGGUCCCUCUCAUGACCCACACAGGCACCUACAAGUACCUGAAUGAUAAGGACAGGAAGUGCACCGUGGUGAAACUAUCUCUGAGCAAACGGGCCUACAUGCUGCUGGUGCUGCCUCACGAGGGGAGCAGCCUGCAUGACAUGGAGUCUCGACUACAGUCAGACAUCAUCUCUGGCUGGAACAGGCAUCUGAAGGAGGGGUUCCUGGAACUGUCUCUGCCCAAGUUCUCCAUGACAGCCUUGACUGACCUAAGGUCAUUGCUCUUUGACAUGGCAGCUGAGAUUGAGAAAAGUCUGCUGGGUUCAGAUGCUGAGUUUGAGAGACUCAGCAGUAAGAAGCCGUUCAGUGUUGAUAAGGUGUUCAACAAAGUCAUGUUUGAGAUGUCUGAAGGUGGUGCUGAGACUCAAGACAAGACCCAAGAUGAAGGGGUUCCCCUCAAAUUCACUGUCAACAGGCCCUUCUUCUUCGCUAUUGUAGAGGGAAACUCCAAUGCCAUUCUCAUGCUGGGAAAAAUAAGAAACCCGACUCUUUAGGGCUUCUACAUCAACAUAACAAAUCUGUGACCAACUGCAGAAGAAUGCACAUGAAAGCCUCCUGGAUCAGCAGACUUGUGGGUUUGUACUGACAGAUCAAUGCAAUAUUGCAUGUUCCCUUACUAGUAUGAUCAUUUAUUCCAGGAGUUAAGAACUUAUGUAUACAUCAUGCGUCAUGUUUGUGAAAAAACACAAUAUUACGCUGUAUUAAGAUGUAAUGUAUUCACAUAGAGCACAUUCAAAUCAAAUCAAAUUGUAUUUGUCACAUGCGCCAAAUACCACAGGUGUAGACCUUACAGUGAAACGCUUACUUACAAGCCCUUAACCAACAACGCAGUUUUAAGAAAAUCCCUAAAAAAGUAAGAGAUAAGAAUAACAAAUAAUUAAAGGGCAGCAGUAAAUAACAAUAGCGGGGCUAUAUACAGGGGGUACCGGUACAGAGUCAAUUUGCAGGGGGGCACCGGUGUCGAGGUAACUGAGGUAAUUAUGUACAUGUAGAGUUAUUAAAGUGACUAUGCAUAGAUAAUAACAGAGUAGUAGCAACAAGGGGGGGUGCAAAUAGUCUGGGUAGCCAGAUUUGAUUCGCUGUUCAGGAGUCUUAUGGCUUGGGGGUAGAAGCUGUUUAGAAGCCUCUUGGACCUAGACUUGGCACUCUGGUACCGCUUGCUGUGUGGUAGCAGAGAGAACAGUCUAUGACUAGGAUGGCUGGAGUCUUUGACAAUUUUUAGGGCCUUCCUGACACCUAUAUCUAACAUUAUGCAGAUCUUUGUGUCUAAUAUACAUUGUAGAAUUACAGCAAUGUACUUACUGUUUGCUAUGAUAAAGGUAGACAUGGUUGAUAGGAUUAUUGAAAGGUCUGAAUUUGUAUAUUCUAAGAGUUUGUUUUGUUUGCGAAUGCAUGAAUAAAACAUUGUUUCUCUAUUGUUGAAA